AUGUCUUUACCUCCCGGCUUCGGACGAAAGGGGGAGAUACGAGUAUGCAAGCUACACAAGUCUUUGUAUGGCCUUAAGCAAGCUUCUCGUCAAUGGUUCAUCAAGUUGUCCACAGCCCUCCAAGAUGCUGGAUUCCAUCAUUCUAAAUCCGAUCACUCCUUAUUCGUCCGAACCCAUGGUAACUCAUUCACUGCUCUUCUAGUUUAUGUGGAUGCCAUUAUUUUGUCCGGAAACAACUUACAAGACAUUGAGGAAAUAAAAGCUCACCUCACGCGACAAUUCAAGUUGAAAGACCUUGGUGAGUUAAAAUACUUUUUGGGAAUAGAAAUAGCACGGUCAAAGAAGGGAAUUGCACUUUCACAACGAAAAUAUGCACUUGAGAUUCUAGAUGACGUGGGAUACUUGGGAGCUAAGCCCGUUAAUUCACCAAUGGAACAAAACUUGUCACUUAGCAGAGAUGAAGGUGAAUACGUUAAGGAUCCUUCUUCCUAUCGUAGACUAGUUGGACAGUUGAUAUAUUUGACCAUCACACGGCCAGACUUAGUCUAUGUCGUUCACAUUCUCAGCCAAUACAUGGACAAGCCUCGCACCCCACAUCUAGAAGCUGCCCAUCGAGUAUUACGAUAUCUUAAACAGACACCAGGACAAGGGAUCUUUCUCUCUGCGGACAGUCCUAUGCAAUUAAAUGCCUUUUGUGAUGUCGAUUGGGCUAGGUGUCGAGACAUACGACGGUCAACCACGGGAUAUUACAUUUUUCUCGGACACUCACUAAUCUCUUGGAAAAGAAAGAAGCAAACCACAGUUUCACGAUCAAGUGCGGAAGCAGAAUAUCGCUCGUUGGCGUUAGCCUGUUGUGAGGUCACUUGGCUGCGGUAUAUUUUGAAUGACCUAAAAGUUAAUCAUUCACAACCAGUCAAACUAUAUUGUGACAAUCAAGCAGCGCUUCACAUUGCAUCUAAUCCCGUGUUUCAUGAGCGAACUAAACACAUAGAGAUAGACUAUCAUCUUGUAAGGGAAAAGAUUCAAGAUGAAACAAUCAAAACUUUCCAUAUAUCUACAUCAAAGCAGCCAGCAGACGUCUUCACCAAGUCAUUGGGUCUUCUGCAAUUUUCAAAUUUACUUCGCAAGUUAGGAAUGAUUAAUAUCUUUUUCAACUUGAGGGGGAGUGUUAAGGAAAAUAUGCAAGAUUCUAGGAAUGAUUGA